UUGGAGGAGAAAAAGGAGGUUAAAGGAUCGAUCAAUGACAACCGUGUGGAGCAAGAAGAACUCACACCAGAGGGCUCCCUUGGUGAGGAUGAACAGGAAGGUGGCGUUGACGACUCUCAUCACUUUCCCCUUCUCGAGAGUAACUUUGAAGAUCGAGUCAUGAGUGUGGAGGAGCAAGAGAAUCCUUUCUAUGAUCUUGCAUGGCAUCUUGGCCUCCAAACCGUGCUUGAGGACAUGAAUGGGAAGGAGAAGGAAGAGGAGGAAGUAAGCAUUGAGGAAGGGGAAGAUCUUGAUUGUUCCCAAGGGACGGAACGAAUUGAAGAAGAAGGAAGAGAGGUUGAAGAUGAAUUUGACGGAGCAAGUGGUGUCCAAGACGAGAAUGAGGUCAGGGUGGAUAAAGCAUCCACAAGUUACAAGAUGCUAUGAAAGCUUUCCACCCUACCUCGAUGCAAUUUUGGAGAAGGACCCAAUUGUGGCUCUUUGCCAAUCCAAGGCCAAACCAUUGGCUAUCCCUCUUGGUGGAUGCUAUGGAAGCCAAUUGAGUUUGCACUAUAUGGUAUGGGGCAAAGAGAAGGAAGAAGGAGAUGUCUUGUGGGUAGAGCCUCAUGACAACUCAAGUCAACGAGCCCUCAAUCAUGGAUUCGUCCAAAGCUUGUGACAUGAGACACCACCUCACCAACGAGAACCUCAACUUCAAGGAGGUUCUUGGGUGGACCGAAACUUGAAGAGAAACCGUCUAGCUCACGACAUUAAAGAAGCGCUUGUUGG